GGUGAUCCGGAAGUUGUUGAACCAGCCCACUUUGUUCCAGGGGUCAGCCGAACCAAUUAGCUAAAACCGGAACGUGGAAAAACAUAUUAUUCAUCUUUAUAUUUUGAGUAAUAUUUUUGAUAUCGUCCGGAUAACUGUGGAGGCAGCUGCGGGAAGUUAUUACCAACUAAAUGUCAGGAAACGGGUUAAUAUCGGGCAUCGGAGGGCAGCUAACGACGAGCACACUGAGACCUUUUGAGCUGCUCCGUCGGCAGAUGUGUGACAUCUUGGGAGAUGGAGGGAUCAUGAAGGAGGUGGUCAAGCCUGGAGAUGGCCCACCUGUCCCUCAAAAUGCCUCAGUAAUAAUGUAUUACUCGGGUUUCUUGGAGUAUUCUAAUCAACCUUUUGAAAGCACUGCUCACCUCAAGUACCCGCCAAUGAUGAAGUUGGGAAGGGAUGUGACACUGGCUGGACUGGAGCUGGGGUUGUUGACCAUGAAGAAAGGAGAGUUCUCUCGGUUCCUGCUCAACCCUCAGUAUGCAUACGGAGAAAUGGGUUGUCCUCCUUUCAUUCCGGCCGCUGCCACAGUUCUGUAUGAGGUUCACAUCCUGGACUACCUCGACUCUGAACAAGCGGAUGCGUUUAUUGCAAAGAGUUCGGAGGAGCAGAACAGUGUUCCUCUGUCCACACUUCUCGAAGUCAUUAACACACUGCGCAACUUUGGCAACCGCUGCUUCAAUCAAAGCCGAUAUGACCACGCCAAGGAUCGCUAUAAGCAGGCAGUAACUCUUCUGAAAAAUAGGGAAACACAACGUGAGCUCCACAAGGAGAAGAUUGAUGGGGCUCUGCUUCCGCUCUAUCUCAACCUUUCUCUCACCGAGCUCCGUCUGGAGAGCCCCCAAAAAGCCCUCAAAUAUGGCAAGAAAGCCUUGGAGAUGGACGCUACAAACACAAAGGCUCUUUUCCGCUGUGGACAGGCUUACCUUGAGCUGAGCGAGUAUGAGAGCGCUCAGGGUUGCCUCAUAACUGCUCAGUCAAAGAAGCCGUUUGACAGUGACAUUAACAACCUCCUGAAGAAAGCAGUGUUGGCCUGUAAAGACAGCUUGGAUAAAGAAAAAGAGAUGUGCUCAAAGAUGUUUAGGGAGAUGAGGAGCUCAGUACAGCUGUAAGAAACAUCUGGCUGUGGUUUCAAGAUUCAGCAGGUCGCUUCUUGUUUAUUUCCCCAUCUUCCAGCUGUGAUCAUUUUUGCUCAUGUUAUAAAGUGAAUAACAUGUUCAUUCAUUUCUCAUCAUUUGUCAAGGUUGUAGCUUUUUGGCUGCUGUUUUCUGUUGUGAAUUCUCAUGUGUUCCCAAGGUAAACGUUUGCUCGGUCUGGAAUCGGUCUUGAUUUAAAUAAACAAAAUUGCACUUUU